AAAUGCAGUUAAUGAUUAAAGGUGAUUUGUUGUUUCCCGGACGGGUGUAACAUGACACUUCGCCUAAACAGAAAGUGAAGGUACAGCUAUGCAGGUAGGAAGAGACCUGAUUAUCAUACAUUGCCCUUGUGCCUCCCAGAUGACAAGCUGGACGGUUCUCGAGAUUCGAGUCAAAACGUCUUCCUUCCACCGCAAUCCAACAACUUCUGGAUCAACGGCAGAGACAUACAGCAUUUAGAUAAGGCAUGGAGCCAUCACCUCCAAACUCUCACAAGAAACCCAAAGAAAACAAAGCCGACGCCGGAAGAAAUGGCGCAAACCCAUUUCAAGAAGCUAAAGUAGGAGGACAGAAGAGUCCAGGUUUACCAAAUCCUUUUGGAAGCUUCAGAUUCAGUAAAAAAAGUGUAAACAAAGCAAAUGACAUCGAACUGCGAAGCACACCAGAGAAGUCAAUAGCUGGAAAAGAUGAUGAAGAUCCAAAAAAAGGAACAAACCCAUUUGAAGAUCCAGAACCAAAACCGAGAGAGAAAGGUCCAGGUCUACCGAACCCUUUUGGAAACUUUAGAAUCAGCAAAAAAAGUCCAAAGAAGAAAGGUGAACGACAAAACUCUUCAGAAAACGAGCCAACCGUCGGGAGGGAUUUCAAGGACAAAGACCAGAAGGACAGAACCAGCUUGGUUGACGAGCCAGAACCUCAAGCAGGAGAGAAGAGUCCGGGUUCGUCCAAUCCGUUUGUAGACCUUAGAAGCAGUAAAAAAAGCAUAAAGACAGGAAAUGACACCCAACUGCAAAGCUCACCGGAGAAGUCAAAAGUUGGGAAAGAUGCCAAAGUCCAAGCUCGAAGAGAAGGAGCCAAUCCAUUUGAGGAUCCAGAAUCCAAAACCGGAGAGAAAAGUCAAGGUCUAACCAACCCUUUCGGAAACUUUAGGAUCAGUAAAAAAAAUUCGAAGAAAGCGCAGGAAGCGGAAGAACCCAACUCUCCAGAGAAGGAGUCAACGGCUGGAUUUGGCCAAACGUCUAAAGACAGUAAGAAAAAGCGUCACAGCCAAGCGGAAAAGUUGAACUCUCCAGACAAGGAGUCGUCCUUUGGCCAGCUGGGUGUACGAUUAAGUAAAAUAUAUCAUAAGAAGCACGAGCAUGCAGAAGAACCAAAUUCACCCGAUAAAAAGGAGUCCCCAGGGGGGUCGGGUUCUCUGGUCAACAAACUGAAAACUAGCAUGAAGGUGAAAAAGAAAAUAGACUUUAAUGAACACGAAGGAUACAAUAAAAAAGAUGAACUCGGGCAAGAGGACAAGAUGGAAGCUGUGGAGGAAGAAGAAGUACUUUUAUCAGUAAUGCAAAUCAAUGAACUUAUUCAUGGAAGACAGCUUCAGAAGGCCUUCAGAAGUAUAAAAUUCAUGGAGGACAAACUGAUAGAGGAGAGUCAGGGCGACAACUACUACGAAAAUAUAACCGAGUUCACCAUACGAGCCAAGGACGUGGACUUGUUGUAUGGAUCUCUUUUCAACAUGGUAAGGUCCAUCGUGAAAGAAACUCUGGUUCAGGAAGUGGAUGAUUCUUUGGUGGCCACUCUGGUGCACGUUAUUGAGAAUGAGACCAUCGUUCAUGAAAACACAAGCGUGCCUUUAGGAAGUUCAGAGAUCAUCCUUGGCCAACCAAGACGAUGGAAACAUCUGUGGAGAGAAGCGGUCAAAGACAGUGUGGUCAAACGAGUAGAGUCGGUGCCCCUUAACCCGAAAGAGGAGAGCUGGCUUCCAAAGCACCUGGAGACCCUUAAGGCCAAUACCUUAAUAGACUUGAUAAAAGUGAAGAACUCUUUAAUGUCGCUCUAUCCCGAGGACUACAAGGUGUGCUCCAUCUAUCUCCGGAGCUUCCAUGAUGCCCUGUCUUCCCAUAUACAGAAGAAUGUGGUGACCUAUGCCUCGGAACUGAGUCAGUUGUACAGCCUGCUGAACUUCACCAUGAAGAAGUAUAAAAGCAAAGAAUUUAUGGCCAACCCUGAACUUCACCCGGAAAUGAACGCUGCCACCCUCCCGCCUGUGAUAGGUGGGGAAUGCCUUGAAAAAUUAAAGAAGGAUUAUAACACCGCUCUACAGGGAAUCAUAAAAAGAUAUUAUCACAACAUACUAGAGAUGGAGAAGAAUAAAUGGGAAAAGGAGGUGGAGGUAGAGGAGGAGACAUUCGAGGAACUUCCACUUCACACCGACAUAGAACAUAUAAUUGGGACGCAUGUCAGAGAAUCCUCCAAACUGUCCGAGGAGCUGGAGAGAUCCGCCUUUCACAUUUGCGUGGAGCACCUGGGAUCCUUCUCCACAAGGCUACAAGAAACCUUCAUGGGGUGGUCAGGGAAUAAUUUCAAGCUUCUGUCCAUUCAGUAUUCGGUGGUCUACAUUAACAGCUUAACAAAACUACGGAAAUGGCGUGCCGGGCGCACAAAUAUCUGGUGAAGGAAUACAUUGCACAGAUAAUGAAGCGGAAGGUGAGCCUCAAUCCACUGAACCGGAAGAAAGCGGCUGAGAAAAUGAAGGAGGAGUCCAAACUGUUCAAUUCAGUCGCCGACGAGAUGGGAUCCGACCGGGAAGGGCUGUUCGAAGUAAUUUCCUGCAUUUCUGAAAUCAUUGGGUCAAAGAAAAAGGAGGAAAUCAAACCUAAACUGGAAGAUCUGCAUCACCUUUACCCAGAUGUCAGCGAGGAACACAUCUUGUGUAUUUUACAUGUUCAAGGCACCGGGCGCAGCAGAAAGCUUCUAGAACAUUUCCAUCAGCUGCAGAGAAAUCGCCAACCUCCAAAUGAGCCCGGGGACCGGCUGUUCUCCGAGAUAGACUGCGUCACGCAAGUCGCCUGUUUUUCCUGCAAUUUUAGUGCUCAGUUGGACCCGUGAUCACUUGGUACCGGAGAACCGCCAUUGGAAGGACUUUUCCCCAAUGGAACUUUUCCCAGAACUUCCAACUUUCAAGCAUUUGAUGAAAGUUCUUUGACUAUAAAAAAAACACAAGAAUUUUGGGGGGGGAAGAGCGAACCCGGGAACCCGGACGGGCCGUCACCCCUGCAAUAUCAAGCUGUGAACUUUGAAAUUUGUGAUUCAAGACGUAAUAAUGCCAUGGAUUGGAUUUCAAAGAAUAAAAUAUUAUAAGCUAUAA